AUGUAUUGUCAAAAGUGUCGCACAUCAUUGAAACUUGAUGGCUCUCUGGAGGAUCUGAAUCCCGCGGCAUUUGAUUUAUUAGUCGGCGCGACCUCUCAACACCAAGCCAAGAACAUUCCCCCUUCACGGCCAGCAUAUCCUCAAGAACGAAAGCAACUUUAUGAUCGUGUCUCGAAGUAUGCCGGUCCGCCAACCUUCAAGCGGACGGUGUCUGCGCCCCGCCGAUAUGACUCCAAUCUAUCAGAUACGAUGAGAAGCGGCAUGAACAAUCCAGCCAUGUCGUUUGUCAUGCUGACGGAAUCUCAAGUCGUACCUCCAUCAAUUAUUAAACUUCCCGAAGAUACAAAUACAAAUCAAUCACAACAAGAUGACAUAUCCGGUGGAGACGCACCAGAUGGUGAGGAUAAAGCAAUGUCGCAAGAUAUGGAACGGGUAUCGAGGCUGUUCGAGAUCCUUACGGCGCGAUCCGAUAUAGAUCAUCCUAUCUGUGUUGAGUGUACAGAAAUGCUUGUUGAUGGGUUACAAAAACGAUUAGAAGCUGCGACCCGAGAAAGAGAUGCAUACGUUGGCUUUUUGAAGCAGGUCAACGCCGAAGUACCAACAGAAGAGGAGGUGGUGGAAGCGAACGAUCUUCUUGCAAAGGUACGAGCAGAUGAGGCCGCGGCAAUAGAGGAAUUGAAGAAGAUCGAAGCUGAGACUGCUGUGGUAACUGAAGAAAAUGCUCAGUUGGAAGAAGAAGCUAGGGCUCUCGAUAUUGAGGAAGAGAAGUUCUGGAGUGAUCGAAAUGAGUUUGCGAUGAAGCUCUCAGAGUUUCAAAACAUACGGGAUAGCAUCAAUCUCCAAUAUGAUCACGAUUCACAAUUACUCGAGAAACUACAAAGAACGAAUGUCUAUAACGAUACAUUUUGUAUAAGCCACGACGGGAAAUUUGGCACAAUAAAUGGCCUGCGGCUGGGACGACUCUCAAGUGUUCCGGUGGACUGGCCGGAAAUAAACGCAGCAUGGGGCCACGCACUGCUCCUCCUGGCUACUGUUGCUGACCGACUCGGCUUCAAAUUCGAAGGAUAUGAACUUCAGCCCAUGGGCUCCACCUCUAGAAUAAUACGAUAUGAUUAUCCCUCGCCGUCUGCAAGUCGUUCGAGCUCCCAACGCGGUAACAUCACCCGACCCCCCAAGAAAUCUAUUCUCGAACUCCAUUCCUCUGGCGACAUGCCUCUCGGGCUCACAUUCAUGCAUCGCAAGUUCGAUAUAGCGAUGGAAGCGUUCCUCGAAUGUAUGCGCCAACUCGGUACUUUUGUUGAGCAAGAAUCUGCCAGGACCUCAGAGACCGGAAGAGGACUUAAGUUACCAUACAAAAUCGAAGGGGAGAAGAUAGGGGAGGUCAGUAUAAAACUGGGUAUAGCGCAAGAUGAUGCAUGGAGCAGAGCGUGCAAGUUCACACUCACAUGCUGUAAAUUUUUGUUGGCUCACGCAAGUAAUGUUAAUAAUGCGAGAAGGAGUAUAUAG